AUGGCGUUGCUAGUUAAGUCGUUCAAGGCUCCAGCCCCUAUCCUCACGGGUGCGAUCGUUGCCUCUCAACGACGAAUGGCCAGUAGCAAAGAUGGGACUUUCCAUACCAAGGCUUUCAAACUGCAUAGACUUGAUAAGGGUCCGAGCGAAAGUGUGACUCUGAAUCGCGAUGAUGCAUUGGACUACUACAGAAAGAUGCAGCUGAUACGCCGUAUGGAAUCUGCAGCCGGAAAUCUAUACAAAGAAAAGAAAAUCCGUGGUUUCUGCCAUCUUUAUUCUGGACAGGAAGCCUGUGCUGUUGGUAUGCGGGCUGCUAUGACUGAAGGUGAUGCCGUGAUAACUGCAUACCGCUGUCAUGGUUGGACGCUUCUCCAGGGUGCUACUGUAGCGGAAGUCCUGUCUGAGCUAACCGGACGAAUAACGGGGAACGUUCAUGGUAAAGGUGGUUCUAUGCAUAUGUAUCAGAAGGACUUUUACGGUGGUAACGGAAUAGUGGGUGCUCAACAACCGAUUGGUACUGGAAUCGCUUUUGCUAUGAAGUACAGGAAACAAAAAAAUGUGUGCCUGACACUGUAUGGUGACGGUGCUGCUAACCAAGGUCAGUUUUAUGAAUCGGCGAACAUGGCUACGCUUUGGAACCUGCCAGUGCUGUACGUCUGCGAGAACAACGGAUUUGGAAUGGGAACUCAAGCUGAGAGGUCAUCUGCAUCGACAGAUUAUUACACCAGGGGUGACUAUGUUCCUGGAGUAUGGGUCGAUGGUAUGGAUGUGCUAGCAGUUCGUGAGGCUGUACGUUGGGGAAAAGAAUACUGCAACUCUGGAAAAGGGCCGUUAGUGCUGGAGAUGGCCACCUACAGAUAUUCUGGCCAUUCGAUGUCUGAUCCUGGCACCAGCUACCGUACUCGCGAAGAGAUUCAAGAGGUGCGAAAGACUCGUGAUCCUAUUACUGGUUUCAAAGAUCGUAUCAUUACAUCUGGCCUCGCGACUGAAGAUGAUCUCAAGGCAAUCGAUAAGGAUGUGCGCAAAGAAGUAGACGAAGCUGUUAAAGUUGCUAACACUGCAGAAUUGAUGCCAGCGGAAGGAGUGUACACUGAUCUUUACCAUAAUUGUGAACCGCAGCAGAUUCGUGGUUCUACCAUUGACGUUACGCAUACUCAAAAAUUCAUCCACUCUGCGGAUCUUAUGAAAUCUCUCAAUAAAUUUUUGUUACCAUUGCUCAAGAAACCAGUGAUGGAUUGCAAGAAAGAAAAACCAAUAGGAGAACUUCGAGGACGGCAUAGGUAUGAAGUGGACCUCCUGCUUUGCUUCACAUGCCUCAUUGGUGUCCAUAUAACUGAGGACAGCUGUACAGUGGAAGAAAUUCACGUAGGCCAGUCUUCCUGCAAGCUAUCAUUUUUGGAUACCGCCCACGCGUUUUUGACAUAA